AUGGCGGACUUAAAAUCACCGCCGUUUAGUGACAUCAAGAGACCUGAGGAGGUGGUGAGGAUGACGACGAACGAUAGCCUGAAAUUUGCAGUUCUUAUCGGAUUGAUUGAAGUCGGACAGGUGACCAACAGGGAAGUGGUAAACACCGUCCUGCAUUUGGUGGUACAAGUUAUGAACAAAGUUACAAACGACAAAACUGUUUUUAUAACCUAA